UGCUUUGACUUCGUUGUCAGUGGUUUAUCAAGAGGCAAAAGAGAACUCUUUUUGAAGUUCUUGAGAAGGUGAAAGCCGAGUUGAUGAUUCUCGGCUUCAUCUCCUUGCUGUUGACAUUUAGUCAGGACCAGAUCGCGAAAAUCUGCGUGCCAAAGGCAGUUGCAGAUUCUAUGCUGCCAUGUCGCCUUAAUGCAGAGUCAACUGUCAGAAAUAAAAGGCGGCUGCUCGCGCUGGUGCUGACGGAGUCACACCUGAAGCGCAGGAUUUUAGCUGCUGGUGAUUCAGUGGUUGAAUGCCCCCCAGAAAAGGAGCAACUGAUUACUGCCACAGGCUUGCACCAGUUGCACAUUCUGAUCUUCUUUUUGGCUGAGUUUCAUGUGGUAAAUAGUGCUCUUAUAAUGGUCCUUGGAAGAGCAAAGAUACACAGAUGGAAGGACUGGGAAACGGAUACGACAUCGGCUGAGUAUGCCUUCACGACUGGUAUAUAUAUGUUCACUAUUCUUUGUUUUUUUGUCCCAGAUUUGCAUCCUUGGAUCCUAGUUUGAGUGGUAAAAGUGCAGAACCAGUAUAUCGUGAUGCAAAAGGGAAAGCUAUUUCAAAGGAAGAGCUACUGAAACCAAAGGAGGAAGAGAAACCAAAGG